AUGGAUGCGGUGCAUGAUAACUCAUUCGAUCAGACUGGCGUCGCAUUCUGCAGUAGCCACCGCUACCCCAGCCAUUUUUUUUCUUACUACCACUACUUUUCUGGCCAACUACAUCUUCUGUAUUUACUGUUUUUUCCUGACAACAACAACUUCGGCAACAUCAACAACUACUACAACAUCAACAACAAAAUCGCCUGCUACAUCUACAACAACAACAACGUCGACUGCAACAUCUUCAUUAUCAUCAUCAGCAGCAGCAGCAGCGGCCGCAACUACAACAGCAGCAAAGACGAUGCUAUCCAUGAUACUACCUCUGAUACUGCCGUUGAUGUAUCUUCUAGUGUUACUACUACUACUACUACUACCACUGAUGCUGCUGCUGUAGCUACUACUAUUACCACUACUACUACUACUAAUUUUACUACUACAGCUGCUACUACCACUGCUGCUACUUUUUCUAGUGACAUUUUGGCGCGGAAAAAACGCUCGCCAAUGAAGAGAGAUCUGGCCGAGCAAAUAAAGGAUGAUGGCUCAAUAGUGUGUACUGAAAAUAUCGGUUCGCCAUAUGAAGAACAAACAUCGAACUACAAAAAAAUAAAAAUAAUCAUAAACAACAACAACAACCAUAUCAACAGCAACAUCAUUAUCAUCAUCAACAACAACAACAUCAACGACAACAUCAACGACAACAACAACUAA